GGUACCUUAGAAGCUCACAUCGGACUAUUAAGGAUUUGUGUACUCGUAUUCGAAACACUCAUCUGGUAAUUGAGUUCUGAUAGGGCUCACUAGAUGGUCCUGAAGUAUUUCAGGUCUGGCAACCAUUACUUGAGUAGGAUAAUCCCUCAAUAAGUGAUUCAGAUAUCAGAGCUGGACAGCUUUUGGAACGUGCAACCAUUCAACUCAAUUCCCCAUGAACCAGCAUGAUCCUGGAUAAGCGUUUCAAUUUGCAUGAUACCGGAGAUCAAAUGUAUUUCCCGUUGCCCCCUAUCGUUGUCAUCUCAUAGGUGCCGACGCGAAGAUUCAUGCGACUGGGAUUACAAGCAAAUCAUUUCGCGAGGACCUUAUUAUAUGGCCAUGUCAACAACUCAAGAGGACACAUGAAUGUUAUGAUAACAACACGCACAAGUCCACAAUCGAUAAAUCCGUGACAUUCUUAUCAUAUAUUAAUCAGAAACAGUCAUCAGGAGUCGUUACCUAUAAUCCAUCACGAGGUCUAAAUAAGGUUGCGAACCAAAGGAAUUAUUGCGUCGUUACGCCAAAACACUCGGGCCUUGAUUUCUCCUGACCUGACUGGAACGAACCACAACAUUCCUCUCAUCACAACAGGAGGACUACAUUCCGUCAGUAUAUACCGCAGUAGAAAUGUCUGCAGCUACGAAAAAGCCGCCGGCGAGCUCAACUCCAGGUCGCAGGCCCUCAACAGAUCCCACCGCAACGACCGCAUCACCGCCACCAAGUCGACCAGCUCGAUCCCCAGCUCCAGCAUCAGCAACCUCGAAUGGAGUCGCGCGCAGUCGAUCGGUGCGCGGAGGCACACCUGUAUCGGCAAGAGCGUCUAUGCAACGACCCGGCGCUGGCGCGUCGCAUCUGAGCUCCAGCAGUACGACUCCUGAUGCAGAUGAUGACGCUCGGGCAGAGACCGUCGCGGUAUUAGACGAUUUGAAGGAGCGCCUACGCAAAAUGGAAGCGAUGUCCGAGCAAUAUCAGAAGCAGACCCAGGUUCUACAGUCGAGAUUGGACGAAGCUUUACAAGAGCAAGGCAAGCUUGAGGAUCGUCUACAUGAGAGUGAUGAGCGCUUAGAGUCUUUGGAGAAUGAGAAGAGAGAUGCUCUCAGACAAAAAAGGGAGAUGGAGUCGAUAUACGAGGCAGAGAGGAGUUCAAUGACAAAGGAGAGAGAAGAGAAUUCUAAUCGGGAAGAGGAGAUGCAAACCAUCAUUCAGCGGCUGAAAGAUUCUCUGAACUCCAGGUCAAACGUGGACGAGGAAGGCAGGAUGUCGAGGCGCUCAAACAACUCCUCUCCAAUUGAUAGCCAGUUCGCUCCUCCUUCUGGAUUGAACCGUAGCGACUCUCGAAACAAUUCCAAACUCCUCCUCCAGAAAGAUCGCCUUAUCGAGUCCCUCCGAUUAGAGCUGGCGGAAGCUCAGAUCAAGCUGGUGGAAUCCGAGAAUAUGGGAGGUGGACGUAUGCAAGAGGUUGAACGCCUAUUAUUAGAAGCCCGCAUGACAAAUGCUCGAUUGAUGGAGGACAACGAGAGCUAUCAGUUGCUCCUUUCCGAGAAAACAUUGACAGGAGAUUUCGCCAAGAGCGAUUUCAUGGGAUCAGCUUCCCACAAUGCAGAUGCGCUGAGCGCUCUGGAAGGCCGAUCCGCGCCAGCAAGCCUGGCAGAUGAGUUAUCCGAGGCAGGCGAGGGAGAAAGCGAGAACUACAGACGUCUGGAAGCCGAAUUGAAAUCCGCAAAAGACUCCAACAAGGCUCUAACUUUAUAUAUUAACAAGAUUAUCGAGCGCCUCCUUCAACACCAAGACUUCGAGGCCAUUCUCGACCAGUCUUCCGACUUCAAGCCUGGAGCAAACACGGACAAAGAUCUACCUCCUCCCCCGAAAGAACAAGCAACCGGUGCAUCAAUACUUCAACGUGCCAAAUCCGUAGCUAUGGGCGGAGCCAGGCGACCACGUCCUCAAUCCCAAAUGCCAGCCACGCAUUCCGCCCUCACAGACCCAGACACCGCACCCAGCAUCCCAUUCGGCUUGGGCCGCUCAUCAAGUUUCCGAACCGGACGCCCCAAGUCAGAGCAAUACACCGGCGGCGCCGCGAGUGUAGUCAACCAGAUGUACAAAGGCGGGCCCGCCUCACCUCCGCUCCACGGUCCCCAAACACCCCGACACUCCCAGUCUUUCUUCGCUCCUCCACCAGUCUCAGGCACAAACCCCAACGCCGCACACCGCGUCCCCAGCGCUGGACAGGUCCCCACAGCAGGUAACUUCCCAGGCAUGAAGAGCGAGAGUAGCAGCACAAGCGACAGCGGCGACGUCUCGACGCCGCCGAGUAACAGUCCUCCACGCGCGGAGAAGGCGACUACCUUUGCAGGGAACAAGCCGAGGCCCUUGAGAUUGGUGCAGGAUCACCCGGAGAAUAGGAAGGUUAGUGGGGAUGAGGAUAACAAGUCGAAGAGGGCGAGUUGGAUGGGGUGGGCGUUUGGGAAGAAGGAUGAGGAGAAAGUGGCGGGAGAGAGUAUUCAAGAGUAAUCCUGACGAAUAAAGAGAAAGAGAAACUUUGGAAUCGAGAUUGGAAAGUGAAAGAUAGAGAUUAGGAAUGGUGGGAUUGGACCCAACCAUUUUGAAACGAUGUGUUUGAUGUUAUGUAAUGUGAUGUUGGGAAGUCGGAUGAUGCACUGCACGUUGGAUGGAUGGAUGAACAGAUGGAGUUGGAUUCUUUUAGCUGCAUACAUGAGGUACAGUCGUGCCCCCAAGCGGUAGGAACAUAUAACAUAAUCAAUCA